GUCUAAGAGGUAUACCCAAAGCGGGUUAUAUAUGUAUAUUAACGUAUUUUAUUAUAAAGUACCGUACAAUUAUGUUAUUUGGAUUCUUCAAAUUCAAAUGUUACUCGGGGAUUUUGAUCAUGCUGCUGCCAUGUUGCCAUGUUAUCUGUAAGGUUUAUCCAUCUAUUUUACACUUUCAAUUUGCAUGGAAUCCAUGUAUCAAGUGGAUCUCUCUUAGUAACGGGCUAGGUAUGCUUAGCAUGGAGCCCUCGGUGGGAAUUGAAUUUUCAGGUGCCCUAAGGAAAAGAGACCCACAUGAGCUCUUCAUUGGUGUACAAUUUGGGUCUUUCAGGGAUCAUGCCGUCUUGUUAUCUCCACGGGUUGCGGUCAUCGAACAAACACAAUUCGCGGCAAUCCAUCACGGUCUAUCAAUACGAAGAGUUUUGUCGAACUUGUCGAGUCAGGCAAUACACACCUGCACUUAUACAUCCCACAUUAUCCCACAUAAAAUUCAACUUUUUUUUUCUUUUUUUUCACAUACCGACAAAAUAGACUAGGGGAAAUACGCCGGUGGUGGUAUAUGUGAUAUAAUUCUUUCUUCACAUCGAACUUAUCCAAAUUCGGCAGCUCUUCGUCACUCAAGAUCAUCAGACUUUGUCUCUCAUUGGCCUGGUUACCUUUAUAUCGUGUCUUUUCUUCGUCACCUGCAGAUUUACU